AUGUCCCAAGCCCCUACACACCCUCCAGUUGUACUCAAUGCUGCAGAUGAUGAUGAAGAUGAUGAUGAUCAGCUUUUUGAGGAAGGAGAAGAAAGUAAAACUCCCGUCCAGCAACCGGCUGAGGAAGGCCAAAAUGGAUUACGGAUGAUUUCCACUCGGAAAGCCAGUGCUACUACUGCUAAACAAGAGGACGGUCUGAAUUUUGGAAUAAAAACACUUGAAGAAAUCAAAUGGCAGAAAAUGAAGGAAAAAACUAAGAGACACGGUGAAGGUCCUUCAAGAUCUUCUCCUCCUCCCGUCGAUUCUAUGAUUUUUCCUGCUCCGGACAAGGAAAAUGUCCGGACAGUGGUGAGAACUGUGACACUGUCUACAGAGGAAGGGGAGGAACCUGUGAUUCGACUAGAUCUUGCUGAGAAACAAGGAAAACGGAAAGCCUCCGUGGCUGAUGUAAGCGCCCUUCCAGUGAAGCGCAGCCUCGCUGAAAGGCUGGGGAAGAAGGCGGAGGUGCCGGGAAAUGCUGACAAAGCACCGAAGAGAGUUCAAGUUGCCAAGUCUGUGAAGGAGAGACUAGGCUUACCUUUUCAACAGACUAGUACUGCGAAAGGGAAGGCUGCUAAGCCAAAGGGAGAGAUCCAUGUGAAAACACUGGAGGAAAUCCGUCGUGAGAGAGCUCUUCAGAGACGAGAAACUCAAGCCAAAGCCCACGCUGAAUGGCAUGAUAAAACCGAAGAUCCCAGCGCAGGGGCAAGACCCGCUCCUGCAGGUCGCGUCAAAACUUUCUCCGAAGCCUUGGCUGAAAAAAAGAAGAACGGCUUGGUAGAAGAGAAGAAAAAAGCAGGAGAAUUCCAUCCCAAGAUAAAAAUUCAGGGUGAGCCCAAGAAGCAGAGUGUGCUCACUCUGUCCAGGCCCGGCAAAGUGCAGUCGAAGGAGCCGGCAGGUAAAGUCAAGGCAGAAGGAGAAGUGCGUGUUAAAACCUUGGAGGAAAUAAAACGCGAGAAAGCUCUGCGGAUGCAGCAGUGUGGAGGAAAUGUGCCAGCUCCCCCAGCACGACCUGGACCUGCCCCAGCAGGGCAGAAAUGGUUACGGAACACAAAGCUAACAGGUAAUGAGAUGCUUUAA